AUGGCCAAAAUCGCGGGCAUCUACUGGGUUAAGCCCGCAUCCAUGGUUAGUUGUCUCAUCAUCGGCGCAUUGCUCGCUCUCGGUCAUCACCUCUUUUACCAGAGCCUCGCAGGCGAAAGCGUAUCAUCGGACGGCACCUUUGCGGCAUUUGGAGCAAGCAUCUCCAAACAGCAAACAAAUACGUCAAUCGGCACAGCAAUCAGCUUCCUCGUCAAGGCCUUUCUCGUAGCCGCCGUCUCGAUGGCCUAUAUCCAAGUGUUUUGGAGGGCCAUCAAGGUUGGUCGCCCGGCGUCUGAUCUGCAUCUCUCCGGUCUCAAUACUACGUCUUCAGCACCAGCGACGUUAUCGGUGCUUCCAUCCUUCGUUGAUCCCCCACCGUCAUCGAUGGUCCUCGUACCAAACUUGGAUUUAGAAAGUCUAUCCUUCGUGGCCAACAUGCCAGCAAGCCAAGGAGAUUACAAUACAUACCUCUACAACGGACCGAGCCAAGCAGUCCGGGAGGUGGCCACUGCAGUAGCAGCUCGAGGAGCAAUUUUACCAAUACGCCCUCCUGAGGUCAACGCAACGUGGUCGCUAGGUUUUUACGGUCCGUCACUACAAUGCGGUAAUGUCGAUGAUGGACUAUACCAGGCUUUCAUCGAAAAUAUCAAGUCUUAUCUCCACAGUGGCACGAACUCUGUACAGUGUUACCAGCCUUACGGAUACCUUGCAUGGUUCCCGCGACUAAUGGUGAACGGGACUUUGGAUACAGUGCCACUGGUGAAUGUCAGUGGUACUCUAAGCCCCUUAUCAGGGACAAUGUCACAACUUGGCAAUGGUCAAAAUGCCACCAUGUAUCUGAUUGCCUUGCCAGACUUGUUCCAAGUCAGCUCGCAGAUCACCCAUACGGACCCAGAAGCCUGCAAGUCGAAUGGACCUAAUGCGGAUCAGUAUUGGGAGCAAUGGACUGCUGACGGGACAAUGCUCCAGUGCCAGCUUAUCAACUCAACAUACCAUGUGAAUUUCACCUACACCAACGGUAAUCAGCAUAUCAAUGUGUCAAGCUUUCCGACUGGAGAUACCAUCACUACCGCCAAUAACGUUAUUGGUCCGUCCAGAGGACCAGAUCAGCGUUGCCCAACACUCACUUUCUCGAACACAAGCUGCGAAUUCGCUAAAGAAAUCCUUGGAGUACUCUCAUUUCAGGCCAUUAUGGAUGCAUUCAGUCAAAAUGUAGUCGGUGCGAUCUCCAUUAGCGGUGGAGCAAGUGCUGAUCUGACGCUGGAUAUCGACUCCAGGAUCAUGGCAACUUCUCUGGUUAACACUAUUGGGCUAUCCUUCCUUGAACACUAUGCUAUUAGCACCCGUGGCACCGGGGAAUAUUCAAGUCUACAGAGCGAGCUAUCUUUAUUCGACGAUCCCAGCGUCCAGGGAAUUCGAAACAGCGCCACCAGCAUUAGAAACCAGACUCUGAGCGAUGCUCUAGAGGAGUUGUUUCGGAAUACGGUGGUGAGCAUGAUGGGUUCCGAUGCUCUGCAACCGAAUAUGUCUUCCGACACAGCCCCGCCGCCAACAAAAGUAACUUUUCAGAAAGUCCAGAACAUAUACGUGUACACAGCAUGGAAACUGUGGCUACCGUACGGAUUUGCAAUCGUCCUGGCUACUGGGGCUGUAGCCAUUGGCCUUUUCGCCAUGUUAGAUAACAGGGCAUCGUACAGCCACGAUUUCUCAACCAUCUUUCUGGUGGCGAAGGGCACUGACGUUGAUAUCCCAAUCGCUCCUGAUGAUUUGGAGGGAGAAGACCCUCUCCCAUCCUAUCUUGGAGACGCUCGAUUGCUAUGGGCACAAAGGUCUGCUGCUCACAGUGCAAAUGAUUCCGACCCAGAGAUUCUGUAG